AUGGCUGCGAUUCCUUCCCCAGCUCUUAGCCCGCACUCUAGAAAGAUUCUAUAUGACCUUCACCCUCCAUCGAAUCCGCCAACCAUCGCCGAUGUCGCAAAAGCGAGCUUGGCCCUUCACAAAGUGAUGAACUCGCAGUUCCACAACCCCAGGAACAUUCCUGACGAUGAUAUAACCAAUCUUGUCACCUAUAAAGCCAGCAUAGUAGCUGCGUUCUCAGGAGGCCCGCUUCAGCAGGCUUUACAGGUAGCUUUGCCCGCUGCUUUGCCCGCUGCUUUGCCUGCGGCUCUGGUUGCUGCUAUCGCAGCUGCUUUGGCGCCUACCAAUGAUCGACUCCAAGCUAUGGAAGGACAACUCGGCGCUAUCCAAGGACAACUUGGAGCUGUUGAAGUACGACUUGGAGCUGUUGAAGGGCGACUUGGAGCUGUUGAAGAACAACUUGGGGCUGUUGAAGAACGACUUGGGGCUGUUGAAGAACGACUUGGAGCUGUUGAAGAACGACUUGGGGCUGUUGAAGGGCGACUUGGGGCUGUUGAAGGGCGACUUGGAGCUGCUGAAGGGCGACUUGAAGCUGUUGAAGAACGACUCGGUGGAUUGCAGACUGCACUCGGUAAACACGACUCAUCGAUGCAAAUACCCUCCAUGCAGACGAACCUGAUGCGACGCUUGAAGUUGUGCCGUUUGACAAUGGAGAUGACCCUACCCUGCCACCACACUCUCUUCCAGCUAUCACCUCCGUACGUGAAAUUGGGCAUCUGA